GUGACAAUCUCGAUGCUAUCCAUGACAUAACUGUGGCAUACCCCCAAAACAUUCCUCAGACGGAGAAGCACCUUUUAAAUGGAAACUUCCCAAAGGAGAUUCACUUCCACGUCCAGAGAUAUCCCAUAGAGACAGUGCCCACUUCUAAGGAGGAGCUGCAGCUUUGGUGCCGGAAACGUUGGGAAGAGAAGGAGGAGAGACUCCGUCACUUCUACGAAGGUGGAAAAUGCUUCAGUGCAACAGGGCAAAGCAUUAUCCCACCGUGUAAAUCUGAGCUCAGGGUCCUCAUGGUUAAGUGCAUCUCGAUCCUGUACUGGACGGUGUUCCCUCUGGGUAUGCUGGCACUGCUGUACCUCUACAGCUUUGCACGAUGGUAUUUUGCAGCCAUGAUCAUCUUUUUUGUUGGGCAGCAAAAGGUAUUUGGUGGGCUGGAACUAAUUGAACUCGCUUGUCAUCGAUAUUUUAAAAAGCAACAGAAAUUUCAUGACCCAAAAAUAAAAAGCAAUUAG